AUGGAUACAAGUUGGAUAGAACUUCCAAAUGAUCAUGCUGAAUAUAUUCAAGGAGUUGCAAAUUUUAUUGAGUUUGCGAAAGAGGGUCUUGUAGAAGGAAAAAUUCAAUGCCCAUGUAGAAAGUGCAAAGUGGAUAAGUGGUUGUCAAUAAAGCAAGUUGAGGAGCACAUUUUAUUCAAGGGCUUUUACAAGCCAUAUAAAAAAUGGAUUUUUCAUGGACAAAGAAGUAUUCUUGAGAAUAUAUCAGGUAAUGCUAAAAUUACAGGAAACGCUAGUGGCAGUUCUCUGGGUACAUGCUCAAUGCAAAUCGAACAAAAUGACAUGGGAUGGUUACUAAGGGAUGCUUUUGGGAUGAAUGUUCCUGAUUAUGCUAGUGAACCUGUAGUUGAAUCACUUGUUGAUCAUUCUAUUAAAGAGUUAACUCAUGUAGACAUUGAUAAUAUCUUUGAGCCUUCAUUUGAAGAACAAAAUCCAACCCCUACCUCAAUCCCAGUAUAUGAUGAACAAGAAAAGGCUAAGUAUGAGAAACUACUGGAAGCUUCUAAUAAGGAAUUAUAUCCAGGAUGCACUUCAUACUCAAAGUUUUCAUUUCUUCUAUACUUGUUUCAUCUCAAAUGUAUGCAUCAUUGGUCAGCCGAGUCUGUAACCAUGUUAUUGAAAUUUUUAGUAGAUGCAUUUCCCCAAAUCAUGGAAUUUCCAUCAUCUUAUUAUGAAUGCAAAAAAGAAAUCAAUGAUUUGGGGCUUGGGUAUGAAAAGAUUGCAGCAUGCCCAAAUAAUUGUAUGUUGUAUUGGGGUGAAUAUUCUGAUAAGAAUGAAUGCCAUGUAUGUAAUGCCUCAAGAUGGAAGACGAUGAAAGAAGAUAUGAGAUGGCAUGAUGAUUAUAGUAAGCGUGAAAGUGAUGGAAAAUUGAGGCAUCCAUGUGACGGCUUAGCUUGGAAAGAUUUUGAUAAACAAUAUCCUAAUUAUUCUUCUGAUCCACGUAGUGUGAGGUUAGGAUUGGCUUCAGAUGGCUUUAAUCCUUAUCGGUUAAUGAAUACUAAUCAUAGUAUGUGGCCUGUGGUGUUGAUUCCUUAUAAUUUGCCCCCGUGGUUAUGUAUGAAGCAAUCAUCUUUUAUUCUAUCCAUAAUAAUUCCUGGAAAAUCAAGCACCGGAAUUGAUAUUGAUGUAUAUUUGCAACCUUUAUUACAUGAAUUGAAGUUGUUGUGGAAAGGAGUUGAUGCUUUUGAUGCUUUUAGUAAUGAAAAAUUUAAGUUACGAGCAUCUUUGAUGUGGACAAUUAAUGACUUUCCUGCUUAUGCUAUGCUAUCUGGUUGGAGUACUAAGGGUUAUAAUGCAUGUCCUGUAUGUGCUAGCGGUACAUAUUCUGAAAAAUUUGCUGGAAAGAUUUGUUACCCGGGUACUCGUAAAUGGCUACCAGCAGAUCAUCCAUAUAGAUCACAGGGGCAAUUGUUUAACGGGAAGGAAGAAUAUGGUACAGCUCCAAUUCGUGCUUCUGGCUCUGAGGUACGAAAACAACAAGAGGGGAAUGCUUAUGUAUAUGGAAAAGAUGCCAUGCAUAUUGAGAAGAACGUUUGUGAUAAUUUCUUGGGAACUUUACUGAGUAUGGAUAAGAAGAACAAUAGAGAUGAUAAAAGGUCCAGAGAGUAUAUACAGAAGUUGGGGAUAAAGCCACAAUUUUGGUUAAAAGUUGGGUCUAAUGGGGAGUCAUAUAUGCCUCCAGUAUCAUACUCCAUGUCGGUGGAGGAGAAAGACCAAUUCCUAAAGGUUUUGCAUAAGCUUAAAGUCCCUGAUGGAUAUGGUUCCAAUCUGUCUCGAUGCGUGAACUUGAAACAAAGAAAACUCAUAAACCUCAAGAGUCAUGACAAUAAUGUAUUAAUGCAAGAUAUUCUCCCAGUUGCUUUGAGAGCUUCAAGAGCUACAGAAAUUGUGGAAUCAAUUUCAGAUCUAUCUUCCUUUUUCAAAUGCUUGUGCUCCACAACUCUUGACAUCAAGGAACUAGAUGAGAUACAAGCAAAGGUUGUUUUAACACUUUGUCAAUUGGAGAUAGAAUUUCUUCCAACCUUUUUCACUAUCAUGGUUCAUGUAGUGAUUCAUCUAGCAGAGGAGGCGAAACUUGGUGGACCUGUACAUUAUAGAUGGAUGUAUCCCAUCGAAAGGUACUUGGCACAUUUGACAUCUUAUGUGAGUAAUAAGGCCUAUCCAGAAGGGUCUAUUGCAGAAGGUUAUGGGUUAGAGGAGACUAUUAAUUUCUGUUCAAGGUACCCAGAGGAGAUACAUACCAUGUUUAGUAGACUAAAAAGAAAUGACGAUGACAAUGAGGAUAUGAGCAAAUAUUUAUUUUGGUCGGCCGGUCGAAUGGUAGGACAGAAAAAAUUCAUUCGUUUAGAUGCUAAGUCUCUAGAACAAGCACAUCGAUAUGUUUUGCUUCAUUCAGAUGAGAUGAAUGUGCUUCGAAAUGAGUUUUUACGAGAAAAGCGACGAGAAAAUCGUCAUAGGGGAAUUCGAGCAGAUGAGAAUUUUGAGAAUGAGUGGCUUAUUAAAGAAUAUACUCAAUGGCUCAAAGAUGAGGUGGAAAAUAUAGAUGGAAGUACUGAAAAAGGGAAGUUACAGAAAGCCUUGGCUAUUGGUUUGGAUCAUUAUGUUAGAGAAGUUAAAUGUUUUGUGAUCAAUGGCUAUAAGUUUCACACAAUAAGUCGAGAAAGAUAUCGCAAGACCCAAAAUUCUGGAGUUAUGGUCGAAGCUGAUGGCCAUGUCUACUAUGGUAGACUCAGAAAUAUAUAUGAAUUGAAUUUUUCCCACUCAUAUAGAGUUGUGGUAUUUCGUUGUGACUGGGUAGAUAUAAACAGAGGGUUAAGGACAUAUCCAAACGGUGGUGUUACUGUUAAUUUCUCCAAGUUGAUGCACACUGGUCGAUUACUUCACGAGGACCCAUUUAUCUUUUCUUCUCAAGCUAAGCAAGUUUUUUAUGUCGAAGAUGAGAAGCAAAAGGAAUGGCUACAUGUUAUUAGGACUAAGCCUAGAGAUCUAUAUGAUUUAGAAUAA